CAGCCCAGCAGGCACAAGGGAAGGAGGAGGGGCCCAAACUCACCUGGCCUCUGCCCAGCCCCACCGCUCUAGGAAACCAGGGACAUCCUGGGCGGGGUUUGGGAGCCACACCUGCAGGAGGGCUCCGGCUGCUUUGUUUCCCCCGGUGAAGAGACCCGGAGGGAGCAGUGAGCCAAUCUGCCACUGAACAAGUCCCCGCUUCCUGCGACCACAACCAGCCAUGAGCACCGCCCAGGUCCCCUUCGCCUUCCCCAUGGUCCACGUCAUCCUCUUCGUCUUCACCGCCUCCACCAUCUUCCACCUCCAGCAGCGCCUGGUGAGGAUUCAACCCACGUGGGAGGAGCUGCUGCCAGCACUCACGCCGGCCGUGACCUUCAGGCCCACAAGCCAGAGGGCCCCAAGCCAGCCGCUCGGGGGCAUGUGGACCAUCAACGCCAUAGGCCGCCUGGGGAACCAGAUGGGCGAGUACGCCACGCUGUACGCCCUGGCCAAGGAGAAUGGGCGGCCCGCCUACAUCCCGGCCCAGAUGCACAGCACGCUGGCCCCCAUCUUCCGCAUCAGCCUCCCGGUGCUGCACAGCAGCACGGCCAGCAGGGUCCCGUGGCAGAACUACCACCUCAACGACUGGAUGGAGGAGCGCUACCGCCACAUCCCCGCGCCCUACGUGCGCCUCACGGGCUACCCCUGCUCCUGGACCUUCUACCACCACCUGCGCCACGAGAUCCUGCGGGAGUUCACGCUGCACGACCACGUGCGGGAAGAGGCCCAGGCCUUCCUGCGGGGGCUGCGGGUGAACGGCAGCCGGCCCAGCACCUUUGUGGGGGUGCACGUGCGCCGGGGCGACUACGUGCGCGUCAUGCCUCAGGUGUGGAAGGGCGUGGUGGCCGACCGGGGCUACCUGGAGCAGGCGCUGGACUGGUUCCGGGCCCGCUACCGCUCCCCGGUGUUCGUGGUCACCAGCAACGGCAUGGCCUGGUGCCGGGAGAACAUCGACGCCUCCCGCGGGGAUGUGGUGUUCGCCGGCAACGGCCUUGAGGGCUCGCCGGCCAAGGACUUUGCGCUGCUCACGCAGUGUAACCACACCGUCAUGACCAUCGGCACCUUUGGGAUCUGGGCCGCCUACCUGACCGGCGGGGACACCAUCUACCUGGCCAACUACACCCUGCCCGACUCUCCCUUCCUCAAAAUCUUCAAGCCUGAGGCCGCCUUCCUGCCGGAGUGGGUGGGGAUUAAUGCUGACCUGUCCCCAUUGCUCAAGCACUGACGCUGGCCUGUCCCCGGCCCGCUGAGGCCACUCUGACAUGGGAGGCCCACACUGUCACGUGGGCCAAGACCCGUUUCUUGCAGAAGAGUGCUGUGAGCUGCAGACAAGAGGAGUGCCAGCUACCACGUGCUCCAAGCACAAUCCAAGUAUCUCCCCGGGGGACCCAGAGGGGGUGCAGCUCCAGGGUCACCAACCCAGCAGCUCUGUUGCAUGGAGCUUCUGGCUGUGCCAACUUCGACUUCUUAGCCUCCUCAACUCACGGUCCCAAAAGGGCUGCCACAUAUCCAGGUGUCACACACAGAUGCAAACCUUUUCCAAAGGCAGCAAAAAGAGGGUCACUCUCGUCCUGGGUCCCUUUGGAAAGCUGAGGAAAACCUUCUGUUAGUCUGUUCUCUGUCGCUAUAACAAAGUU